AUGUCCUCAAUACGGUCCAACCCGACUCUGUCGAAUUUGCCCUCGUCGAAUCCUUCCGACAGCUCGACCUCCUCUGAGUCUCGCUCGGAGAAGGAAGACGUCCAAGCUCCUAACCCUGUCGGGACCGAGCAUCCCUCGGCCGCUUCCGAAUUGCUCCUCAAUGCCGUUAAGGAUGUCAGACAAAUCAUUAGGCUCGUCCAAUGCCAAGUAUGCUCCCAAGCACUAAAGGAGCCGACGACCUUACCUUGCGGGCACAGCCUCUGCAGACAAUGUGUACCUCAGACUUAUGCUAGGGCUAAUAUCUCGUGGCCCGCAACGGCCAACCGUCUGCGUGGCUUCGUGUGUCCUUUCGACGACUGCAAGAAAGAGCAUGCACUUGGAGAUUGCGCCAUCGACGUCACAUUGAAUAAGGCCCUAGCUAUAAUAAAGGGGGCUAUCGAGCUUGAUCGGGACGUAACAGGGCUUUCUAAUGUUUCCACUCAAGUCACGGUGCAAGACCAAUGGCAGGUUGCCGGGAUCCCAUCGCUUGCGGAAAAGGCAGAUGAACCGAACAUAUUAAAAGGAGGUCGUAUUGUCGCGACCUAUACACUAGCGGAAUCCGGCAAGCUAAAAUAUGGAUGCGAGGUGUCUUACUCCUCCGUAGGAGUGGUUGAUGACGAGGUUGAGAAGAUUGAUGUUGCCGUAUUGACCCGAUUGAAAGAGUCGGCGAGAACAGAAAUGGAUUGUCAGGUCUGCUAUGCAUUGUUCCUGGAUCCCUUAACGACAACAUGCGGCCACACGUUUUGUCGAGGUUGUGUCCAUCGCAUUUUGGACCACUCCGACCUAUGUCCCAUAUGCAGGCGCCCCUUAUCGAUACAAGCUCAAGUCAACCGGGAAUCUUACCCUUCGAAUGAACGGCUUUGUAAGAUUAUUAAUGGUUUCUGGGCUGACUUGGUGGCGCUGCGCUCACAAGCUUACAGGCUCGAGCAGCAGGCCAACCACGGUGGAUUCGACAUUGCACUCUUCGUCUGCACACUUUCAUUCCCACGUAUGCCAACCUUCCUUCAUGUGUUUGAACCGCGUUAUCGCCUCAUGAUCCGCCGGGCAAUGGAAGGCGAUCGAACGUUCGGCAUGGUUCUCCAUACAUCACACAAUGAUCCUGGUGAACCUGACUUCAUGGAGCUGGGGACUUUGCUCCGGAUUGUCAACAUCGAAUUCUUCCCGGAUGGACGUAGCCUUCUAGAAACGGUUGGCGUAUCUCGAUUCCGGGUGACUCGUCAUGGAUGGCUGGACGGGUACAUCGUCGGUAAUAUUGAGAAGAUCGAUGAUAUCAGCGUAGCAGAGGAAGAAGCCAUAGAGGCAGCAGAGACAACAUAUGCCAGAAGCAUAAGGGAAUCGGCAGCUACCGAACCAUCGACUCCGGACCCAGCACACCCGGGACAAGCUAUACCUGUUCGCUCUCGAGGGGUACCUGUCGCAUUAGAAGACCUGGAGACGAUGUCUACCAGGGAGCUAGUUGAAUUGGGUAUUGACUUCGUCAGAAGAAUGCGAGCGCAGAGCGUCGCUUGGCUAACCGCGCGUGUUUUGGCCAUUUAUGGCGAGUGUCCGACGGACCCGACAAUUUUCCCCUGGUGGCUCGCCAGCAUUCUACCAGUUAAAGACGAUGAGAAGUAUAGACUUCUAGGCACCUCAAGCGUCGGUACAGGCAGCGUAUCAGUAGCUGAAGAGGUAGCUGCAGUACAGAAAUUGCUUAAGGCGAGCGGAUUGACGUACACGAUGCACUCUGCCGGAACUACCGUUGAGGGAUCGUGGGAUGAAGUCAUGAAAGUCAUUGGGCAGGCUCACAGCGUCGUACACUCCAAAGGCGUCGUUAGAGUCCAGAGCUCGAUGAGAGUCGGCACUCGAACGGAUAAAAAGCAGACGGCGCAAGACAAGGUCAAACGCGUUGAGGAUAUUCUAGCGAAAGAGGGUUCUAGCUCUUAG